AUGGCGUCCGAUCAAGGCAGCAACCCCAUCGAACAUACACUGGGAGAUCAAGAAAACAAGGAUAACGACCAGGGUCUGCAACAACCCGGCCUCGGUGUCAUUGACAGAACUCCACAAGCGAGCAUGUCUACAACUCGUCCUCAGGAGUCAGUGGCUGCAUCAAGACCUAGUGUGACGGUCAGUUCUCCUGGCUAUCCGUCUUACACGGAGCGAUACCUGGCGGAACGUCACGAGGCUCUUAUUCAUUCACCAGCGAACCUGCCAGAAGGUCCGGUCAUCGACUCAGACCACGAUAACGAAAGCGAAACUACCCUUUCCGGCCUCAAGUGCCAAAGCUGUUGGGAAUAUGGAGAAGGCAACUAG